AUGGUAGAUCUUGAGAGCUAUGUGCCGAUGAUUGAUGCCAUUUUGAGUGCAUCUGACCCCGACCAAGUGACUCCGAAGCGGAUAAGAAAGGCAUUACAAGAACUGUUUGGCGUGAACCUAGAUUCGCAAAGAAAAGUGGUCAACCAAAUCAUUGUUGAAAGAUUUCAAGAAAUCCAAUCUCGACCAAGAGUUCUCAUCACUCAGGAGGAGUUGGUCAAGAAAGAUGAAGAGCUAGCUCACCAAUUGCAACAGGAAGACAGUGGUGGUAAACGGAAGAAAACGUCUAAAGUUAAAAGGAGGAAAACUGAAAAAACUGGUUCAAAUAAUAACAGUCUAUCAUCUCGAAAUGUCAUGUUAGCUGAGCCUUUGAGCAAUUUCCUGGGUGAGACUUCUCUACCGAGAACUCAAGUUGUCAAACUAGUUUGGGACUAUAUCAAGAAAAAUGACCUCCAAAAUCCACAGGAUCGUCGAGAAAUCCUGUGCAACAAGGAGAUGGAACCAAUUUUCGGCAAGAAGAUGACAAUGUUCAGCAUGAAUAAGAUCCUAUCCAAAUUUCUCUACAAUCCCGACGAAGUAACCAAAACGCAAGUAAAAAAAGACAGCCCAACGGACAUUGACAGACUGGAGAGUGAUACUCCAUCGGGCGCUUCUUCUAAUUAA